GGAAUGAUGAGGUGUUGCAUAAAUUAAUGGGGGUCAAUUUGAUUUAAUUCAAGAGGAAUUAAGGCCCAGUUGGAAAGAAAACCUAGCAAAUUCGUAUGCCACACAUACCCCACAUUUUGGCCUAUCUAAAGGCUUCUAGAAGGGGUAGAAUUGACAAGAAAUUGUGAGUGGAAGGUGACAUCACAUGAUGUCAUGGUGGGCCAAGUGUGUGAUGACCUAAGAGAGAGAGUGUGAGAGGAAGAGGGGAAAUUGAAAUUUUCUUCCUCCCCUCUCUCCUCCGUCGACGGAUCCAUCCCUAUCUUCUUCUUCCUUUUCUCCAAACCUCCAUGGGAGCGGAAGACCAGAGAAGCAGAAGCAGCUGCCGUCGUCGCCCACCGAAGCCGGAGCCGCCGCCGCUGCUCCGCGGUUGGCCGCACCUCACCGCACGCCCUCUCUUCCGCCUCUCUCUCCCUCCUCUUACUGGUGCGAACCAGAGGACAGCAGAAAGUAAAGCAGCGUCCAGCGUCGCCGGAAGGAACCGCGACCAGCUGCCUGGACGCCGCCGCACCGGAGCUGCCGCACCGCCGCCCGCGCGACGCCGCGCGCUCCGCCGCCUCACGAUCGCACCUGCCGUCCUCGCUGUGCGACCCAACCCCUGUUCCGCCUCUGUUCAGCUUCGUUUUGGCCAUCUACGGUCCACGGUUCGGCCACCUCCGGCCACCGUGCGCCGCCACUUCGACCCGUCGGAGUCCCCUCGCCCUCCACCGGCCUUGGCUAGCUCGAAUCAGCCCCGGAUCCGCCCCUUCCAGCAGCGAUCAGAGAAGUCAGAAAAUGGGUUUCCAGCACUGUUCAAGGUCGUUUUGGGUCGUUUCCCGGCCCCGAACUCGAGGCCCGCUUUGGGAACAAUCGUUCCUCGCGUCGCCGCCGUCGGAUUGAUCCGAUUUGCGCGCGAUUUGGACCCCGUUGAGGAGCUGAGGAGGAAUCUGAGAAGGAGAACUCGGAAAUGA